AUGUCAGGUGUCAAUUCACAUGAUAGUGGGGAAGAAUCGUACUCAAUGUACCCGACGACUUCAUCGCCUCCAAUGCCCUCUCAGGGUAGUAUGCAUUUCCCAACGUACCAGCCUCCCGUUCCAAUUUAUGCGUACCCUCAGGUACCUUAUAUGUAUGCUGGUCAGACUCCUGGUUACCCUUUUAGUAUGAUGAAUCAAGGUCAAAUGAUGUACAAAGGUAGCGGUAGUGGAGGUAUGCCGCAAGGUUCUGGUGUGAACACGAAGAAGAAAUGGAAUAAUAAUGGGAAUGGUAGUCGGAGUAAUGGUGGGAUCUCCUCAACAAAGACACAUAAUUAUCAUCAUCAUCAGGGGAGUGCAACAUUUCACCCCAGCUCAUCCAUCUCUUCGCCAGUAGGUGGAUCUCCAGCAAGUAACCUGGUAAAUUUGUCUUCUCGUACUGACCAGUACAAGUUUGAUGUAUCCAAGUUAAGUGAUACAGCGACUUCGACAACCGAUUUGCUACUUUCCCCUUUUUUCAACACCACAGAGGAUGAAUACGUGGUGGCUAGUGGAAAGAGACAUGAACUCAGAGUGAAGAGUUUUCCAGGCUUGUAUCAGCAAAAUGAAGAGAUAAAAGAAGAAAGCAUCAAAGAUGAACCUAAGAAAGAACCAUUGAAGAGCCCCGCAGUGUCUAAAUCUUCUUCUCCUACGCCAGAGGUGACACCUUUGUUAACAGGAGCUUCUACUCCUUCCAAUACAACUCCAGCGCCACCAUUCACAGACUCUGAGACUCCGUCAGCAACAUUGAAGACUACUCCAAAAUCCUGGUCAGCCAUCGCAUCUGGAGGCAUCGCAAAGGGUAAAUCAUCCGUUAGUGGAUCUGCUAGAUCAGGAUCAUUAUCAAAUGUGAAUCAUACCAGCUCCGCACAGCCUCCUCAAAAAAAGGACAAGAAAUACAUCCCUCCAUCAACUAAAGGUAUUGAACCAUUGGGAUCUGUCGCCUUGAGAAUGUGUUACGAUCCUGACUUCAUCGAUUAUACUUUGAAGAACCCAGUUUUAGAGAAAUCUUUGUCCAUUAGAGAAGUCGCUCCAAGAGGGAUCAUAAACAGAGCUAACAUAUGUUUUAUGAGCUCUGUCAUGCAAGUUCUACUCUACUGUAAACCCUUUAUUAAUAUCCUGAAUGUUGUUGGUACCAGAAACCUGAACGCAAGAGCUGGCACCCCUGAAUGUACCCUGCUAGAUGCAUGUGUCAACUUCUACAAGCAAUUCGAUAAGGAGAGACUUGAAAGCGAGAGAAAACCUCAACUAAAGAGUAAACAGCAGCAAACAGUAAACAGUGUUGCAUCUAUCGCUGAUGCAAUCAAGCCAGACGAUUUUUACAGUGCUCUAUCGAAGAUUCCAAAAUUCAAGGAUUUAAAAUGGGGACAUCAAGAAGAUGCAGAAGAGUUUUUAACCCACUUGCUUGACCAAUUACAUGAGGAAUUUAUCUCUUUCAUCGAUUGUCUAACCGACAACGAGAUUUCCAACUUGCUACAAAGUAUCAAUGACGAAGAAUUGAAAAUAAUUCUUCAUCAGAAAUCUACAAAGAUACAAGAAUGCCGAAUUUAUAAAAAUCCGUCAGCUUCGUUGAAAGAAUUGAUCAUCAAGUAUGGAAGUAUCAAUGACGACGACAACGAAGAUGGUAACGGCUGGCAUGAAGUAAGUGGGACUAGCAAAAAGGGCAAGAAGAACAAGACAGCUGCUAAAAGAACAGUGGAAGUGGAGCCAUCACCAAUGUCCUGCCUAUUUGGUGGGCAGUUCCGUUCGGUCUUAGAUAUCCCUAACAACAAAGAAUCACAAUCAAUCACCCUCGAUCCUUUCCAAACCAUCCAGCUGGAUAUCUCCGAGAGAUCUGUCAAUGACCUGGAAACGGCCUUCAAGAAAUUCAGUGAAUAUGAACUUCUACCGUUUAAGUCAUCUUCGGGCAACGAUGUGGAAGCUAAGAAACAAACUUUCAUCGAUAAAUUACCUCAAGUGUUGUUGAUUCAGCUCAAGAGAUUUCAAUUUAUCAACAACACGGACAAAGAUAACAGCAUGAUCAACUACAACGCAUAUAACGGCCGCAUUGAGAAAAUUCGCAAAAAGAUCAAUUACGAACAUGAACUUAUGAUACCAAUAGAAUCCAUAUCAAGCACAAACGCGCUCAGAGAUGAGGACAGACAAUACAGUUUGUCAGGUGUAAUAUAUCACCACGGUUUGAGUUCCGAUGGCGGCCAUUAUACAGCUGAUGUUUACCACAAGGAGACAGACAAAUGGUAUAGGAUAGACGAUAUCAACAUUACAGAGGUACAGAAAGACAGUGUGUUGAAGGGAGGCGAAGAUGGUGUUGACUCAAGAACGGCAUAUAUAUUGAUGUACCAAAAGAAGUAA